UCCCAGCCCGUGCGCUGUUUGUCUGCCUCGCAGGGCUGGGUCCUCCUUGUUCACAGGUGAGUCACGCCCUGAAACACAGGCUCUCUUCCUGUCAGGACUGAGUCAGGUAGAAGAGUCGAUAAAACCACCUGAUCGAGGAAAAGGAAGGCACAGCGCAGCGCGGAGGACUCCCGGCCGGCGGCGAGGCGAGGCGCCGGGCAGCGACCCCCACCCGGCCAUGCCCGCGCUCUGGCUCCGCUGCUGCCUCUGCGUCUCGCUGCUCCUGCCUGCGGCCCGGGCCACCUCCAGGAGGGAAGUCUGCGAUUGCAAUGGGAAGUCCCGGCAGUGCAUCUUCGACCAGGAGCUUCAGCGACAGACGGGCAAUGGAUUCCGCUGCCUCAACUGCGAUGACAACACCGAUGGCGUCCACUGUGAGCGGUGCCGGGAAGGGUUCUACCGCCACAGAGGCAGAGAUCGCUGCCUGCCCUGCAACUGCAACCCCAAAGGUUCUCUUAGUGCCCGGUGUGACAGUUCAGGACGGUGCAGCUGUAAGCCAGGUGUGACAGGAGACAGAUGUGACCGGUGUCUGCCAGGCUUCCACACACUCACUGAUGCUGGGUGCACCCAAGACCAGAGGCAACGAGAUUCCAAGUGUGACUGUGAUCCUGCUGGCAUCGCGGGGCCCUGUGACGCCGGCCGCUGUGUCUGCAAGUCAUCUGUCACCGGAGACCGCUGUGACAGGUGUCGCCCAGGUUACUAUCAUCUGGAUGCAGGGAACCCUGAGGGCUGUACCCAGUGUUUUUGCUAUGGACACUCAGCCAAGUGCCGCAGCUCUGUGGACUACAGUGUCCAUAUGAUCACCUCCACCUUCCGUCAAGAUGUUGAUGGCUGGAAGGCUGUCCAAAGAAACGGGUCCCCCGCAAAGCUCCACUGGUCGCAGCGCCACAGGGACGUAUACAGCUCAGCCCGACGAUCCGACCCUGUCUAUUUUGUGGCUCCUGCCAAAUUUCUUGGAAAUCAGCAGGUGAGCUAUGGCCAAAGCCUGUCUUUCGACUACCGUGUGGACAGGGGAGGCAGACACCCGUCUGCCCACGAUGUCAUCCUGGAAGGUGCUGGUCUGCGGAUCAGCGCUCCCUUGAUGCCCCUCAGCAAGACGCUGCCUUGUGGAAUCACCAAGACUUACACAUUCAGGUUAAAUGAACAUCCGAGCAGUAAUUGGAGCCCCCAGCUGAGUUAUUUUGAGUAUCGAAGGUUAUUGCGGAACCUCACGGCUCUUCGGAUCCGAGCUACAUAUGGAGAGUACAGUACUGGGUAUAUGGACAACGUGACCCUGGUCUCAGCCCGCCCUGUCUCUGGAACCCCAGCACCCUGGGUUGAACACUGCAUAUGUCCUGCUGGGUACAAGGGACAGUUCUGCCAGGAUUGUGCUUCUGGCUACAAAAGAGAUUCAGCAAGACUGGGGCCUUUUGGCACCUGUGUUCCCUGUAACUGUCAAGGGGGAGGGGCCUGUGACCCAGACACCGGAGACUGUUAUUCAGGGGACGAGAAUCCUGACAUCGAAUGUGCCGACUGCCCCCUUGGAUUUUACAAUGAUCCCCACGACCCCCGCAGCUGCAAGCCAUGUCCCUGUCACAAUGGGUUCAGCUGCUCAGUGAUGCCUGAGACCGAGGAGGUGGUCUGCAACAACUGCCCCCCUGGGGUGACUGGUGCUCGCUGUGAACUCUGUGCUGAUGGCUACUUUGGGGACCCCUUUGGGGAGCGGGGCCCGGUGAGGCCUUGUCAGCCCUGUCAGUGCAACAACAACGUGGACCCCAGUGCCGCUGGGAACUGUGACCGGCUGACGGGCAGGUGUUUGAAGUGCAUUCACAACACGGCCGGAGUCAACUGCGACCAGUGCAAAGCUGGCUAUUUUGGGGACCCAUUGGCUCCCAACCCAGCAGACAAGUGUCGAGCUUGCAACUGCAACCCCAUGGGCUCAGAGCCUGUGGAGUGUCGAAGUGAUGGCAGCUGUAUUUGCAAGCCAGGAUUUGGUGGCCUCAACUGUGAGUACCAAGCAUUAGCCAGCUGUCCGGCUUGCUACAAUCAAGUGAAGACUCAGAUGGAUCAGUUUAUGCAGCAGCUCCAGAGCCUGGAGGCCCUGAUUUCCAAGGCUCAGGGUGGUGGUGGCACCAUACAUGGCACAGAGCUGGAAGGCAGGAUGCAGCAGGCUGAGCAGGCCCUUCAGGACAUCCUGAGAGAAGCCCAGAUCUCAGAAGGUGUUAGUAGGGCACUUAGUCGCCAGUUGGACAAGGUGAGGAACCAAGAGAACAGCUACCGCAAUCGCCUGGAUGACCUCAAGACCACAGCAGAACGGGUUCGGGCCCUGGGCAGUCAGUACCAGAACCGAGUGAAGGAUACCCUCAGGCUCGCCACCCAGAUGCGCCUGAGCCUGGAGGAAAGCGAAGCUUCCCUGAGCAACACCAACAUUCCUCCCUCAGAUCACUAUACGGGGUCCAGUGCCUUUAAAAGUCUGGCUCAGGAGGCCACAAGAUUGGCAGACAGCCAUGUUGAGUCGGCCAGGAACAUGGAGCAACUAGCAAGGGAAACGGAGGACUAUUCCAAACAAGCACUGUCAUUGGCCCACCAGGGUCCGCCGAGUGGAGGGGGCGGAAGUGGCAUCUCAGACAGCUCUGUGGUACAAGGACUUAUGGGAAGAUUGGAGAAAACCAGGUCCCUGGCCCAGCAGUUGUCAAGGGAGGCCACCCAAACUGACAUUGAAGCUGAUAGGUCUUAUCAGCAUAGUCUCCGCCUUCUGGAUUCAGUGUCUGGGCUUCAGAGAGUCGAUGAUGGGUCCUUUAAGGUGGAAGCAAAAAGGAUCAGACAAAAAGCUGAUUCUCUCUCAAGCCUGGUGACCAGGCAUAUGGAUGAGUUCAAGCGUGUGCAGAGCAAUCUGGGAAACUGGGAAAAAGAAACCCAGCAGCUCUUACAGAAUGGAAAAAAUGAGAGACAGAAAUCGGAUCAGCUGCUUUCCCGUGCCAACCUUGCUAAAAGCAGAGCCCAAGAAGCACUGAGUAUGGGCAAUGCCACUUUUUAUGAAGUUGAGAACAUCCUAAAGAACCUCAGAGAGUUUGACCUGCAGGUUGAAGACAGGAAAGCAGAAGCUGAAGAGGCCAUGCGGAGACUCUCCUACAUCAGCCAGAGAGUUGCAGAUGCCAGUGACAAGACCCAGCAAGCUGAAGCAGCCCUGGGGAGCGCCGCUGCUGAUGCCCAACGGGCAGAGAAGGCGGCGAGGGAGGCCCUGGAGAUCUCCAGCGAGAUAGAACAGGAGAUAGAGAGUCUGAACUUGGAAGCCAACGUGACAGCAGAUGGGGCUUUGGCCAUGGAAAAGGGACUGGCCACUCUAAAGAGCGAGAUGAGGGAGGUGGAAGGAGAGCUGGCCAGGAAGAAGCUGGAGUUUGACACGGACACGGAUGCGGUGCAGAUGGUGAUUACAGAAGCCCAGAGAGUUGAUACCAGAGCCAAGAAUGCAGGCAUUGCAAUCCAAGACACGCUCAACACACUGGACGACAUUCUACUCCUGAUAGACCAGCCUGAUGCUGUGGACGAAGAGCGGCUGUUCUUACUGGAGCAGGAGCUUUCCCAAGCCAAGACCCAGAUCAACAGCCAGCUGAGGCCCUUGAUGUCAGAGCUGGAGGAAAGGGCACGGCGACAGAGGGGCCACCUCCGUUUGCUGGAGACAAGCAUAGAGGGAAUUCUGGCUGAUGUGAAGAACCUGGAAAACAUCAGGGACAACCUGCCCCCAGGCUGCUACAAUACCCAGGCUCUCGAGCAACAGUGACCAACCGCCACAGAGGCUUCUCAGCUGAGGUUUUUGGGAGACAGACCUGAGCAUUGGGGAGCCUUCUCACGUGGGUGGGGUGGGAUGGGGAUAUUUGAACAUGUUCAAUGGAUGUGCUCAGGUCAGUUAAACCGGACCCCAUCCCUGAGACUGUGGCCAGGCAAAUGCUUUAUGGCACCAGUAUGGUACGCUCUGCUUCCUGAUACUGGGCAAUCAUCAGGCAGACAGCUCUGGGUCUGAGACCGAUCAAGGAUCUGGGCACCCGAGAGUAGACUGUUUGGAAGGAAAAACUGCACAGGCAGGUGUUUGCCUAGAAGAGUCAUAAACGGAGUCCUGGAGUCUGGACAAGUGCUGCUGGAUUAUACUCCUCUUAUCCUUCAAUUAGUGCCACCAAAGGAAACAUCUGUGACCUGGCCCAAGCAUCAACUCCUUCCUAAUGUGAGAGCGGAGAGUAAAAUCCUAUCACACUGUGACCACUACAGUACUGUUGCUUCAUGUCGUCCACCGUCAGCUUCUUGUUGACCAGAGAUCUUCCCACCUGCCCCCCAGCUCGUGAGCAGGGACUCCACUUUCAGGCUGGAAGAUUGGGCAGUGACGGAUUGAGGACCUAAAAGGCUGGCCCGUGUGGAGCAAUGGGGCCUACGGGUGACUUGCCACCCGCGUACUCUGCGCCUGGGAGUGAUACCUUUCUCCUAACGAUGCCGAGGCCUCUUAGAGACUAUUUUUAUUAAAGCAUUUCCUACCAGCAAAGCAAACAUUGGGAAGAUAUUUACUUUUGGAUCUCGGAGAAUAGAAAAUUAUCAUUUGGGCAUCGAAAGAGGUGAAAUUAUCUCCAAGUUCUAUUAGUCCUAAUUCAAGCCUACUUUUUAAACACUAGAAAUUAUACGCAUCUAUGUGUUUUGUUUUUCUUUCCCUAUAGCAGAGAAUGUUCCUACCUAUACUUGAGCUGGGUAGAAUCCAUCCUUCCAUCCAUCCUUCCAGCUUGUAUUUAUUGAGUCCCUACUCCUGUGUACAGGGUCGGGUGAUUCAGCUCUGACAUAGUCUCUGCCCCACAGAACUGAGUGUCUAGUGAGGAAGACAAAUGUUUAAAAAAGUUUAAACUUACAAACCUUGCUCAUCACGAGUGGUAUUUAUUGCAGACACCCCUUGGUUUGCAACCUCUUUUCUCAACAGAACAUGUUGCAAGACACUCCCGUGGGGCCACUUGAGUUUGAGCAAGCAGGAAUGCUCUGGAUUGUGCACAUCACUCCACAUUCCAGCUGUCCCUCCACCCCUUUCCACAGCUGAUGGCAGUGGACUGUUGAGUCAACACCAGUGGGAACUGCCCAAGGAACCAGAAGCACUUCCACCUCAACCCGGGAGACCUUCGCGCUGCCUCGCUUCCAUAUUUCCUGGGUUGUUUGUGGACUGUUUUAAAAUAAAGAAUGAUCAUUAGAUGCUUGGGGUCAUUUCUAAUUUUAUUAAACUCUAAGCCUGAGAGGGAAGAAACAAAACGAUGGAAAUAAAAAUAUCACCGACAUGUCACUGGGCCCUAGAGUUAGCAUCUUCAAGUCCUAUUUCCAAGUGUCUUAUUUGACCCUCCAACCACAAGUGCAUUCUGAAACUUAGUUGAUGCUGUAUCCUAAGCAUGGAGAUUUAUUUCUAGAACAAUGCAGUCUGGGUUGAGGGUGUAAGUGGUGUUCUUGUCAUCUUUCAUCCACUCUAAAAUAAAGGGAACUUAUUGUAGUUAGU